AUGUCGACUUCAUCCACACCAUUUUCGAAAUGGUUUAUGCUACUGAGUAUCAUGCUUUUAUCUCAUGGUGCCAUGGGCCAGAGUAAUGCUAUGAAUACUUCGAUACAGAGUGACCCUCAUUUUAUCGGAUGGUACAUGGGACCUUCAACAACCCAGGCAUUAACAGACCCCGAGACUUGGACUACCUCUGGGAACUAUGCGCGCGGUUGCUCUAAAGGUGCUUGCGGCUAUGCCACAGAUUGUAUAGGCAAUAGUAUCACCUAUGAUGAUGGUAAAACAUCUUCAUGCAAUGUAUGUCGUACCAUGACCAUCUUCCAAUCAGCACCAUACGCAUCACCUUCGGCGAGCAAUAUCUUCUGCGCAGAAUAUUGGGUCGCCUUCACUGUCUUUCGCGAAUUAGCAGUAUCAACCACUAGCUCAAGUAUGGACCCACAUACAACAGCCAAAAAGCGAACAUAUGAACUGACUGCAUCCCCAGAAUCUUCCACUAUUUCCACAUCUUCCCGCACAAGUGUCCUAUCUACCACAGUACCAUCCACAACCGGCUCAUCCUCAAACAAUUCCCCAACAACGGCUGCACCUACAGUUGCCGCAUCGACCACAGCCACCCAAGCCGGUGAUUCGCAGACCGUGACUAGUCAGAGCCAAGGCUGGAUUGCAGGAGCUGUAAUCGGCUCUGUUGCGGCCACCGCAAUAAUUGCGGGUCUUAUUGGAUGGUUCGUAUACCUCCGAAAGAAAGCGCAGCAAUUAUCCGUAAAGGAAGAGUCUAUCGCUAGACAGAGUCUCCCUUACCAAAAAAGCACCCACAAGGCACCGCAAGAGAUAGAUACGGCUUCCAACCCUUCAAAUCCAUUUGUACAUGAGCUCAGCUCGUACGGCUACAAAUAA